CAGUGGGAGAGACCUGCUGGAAGACCAUUCCCACUCCGAGCAGGCAUGGGGAAUGAACAGGCUUUUUACAUUCAGGUUCAUUAUUUAUCAUGAGUGCCUUGUUGGAGCACAGUUCUUGUUCCAGCGGAGUCUACAUGCUACACAUGCUACACGCCAGUGAGGAGCUUCAAAGCAGACAAGUCGUCACCUGCCGCGGCGAGCAUCAAGUGGGAUGGUUUGACUGCCUUUAAAGCAAAAGGACACUAACGGCAAAUCUCAGGAAUGAAUUUGACCACUGUUGCCCGGUGCCAAGAAAUCAAUCCAGACAUGGAGUACGACUGCGUGUGAAAUCUCUCCUGUGCUUGACACAAAGUGCUCCAAGGGAUGAAGAAGAACAUGUUGAUGUUGCCGCACAGGGACUGGCCCUUCAGGUCUUGUUUUCAUGUUUUCUAACAAAAUUGGGCAUUCGGGCAACUUUCGGAGUGCUCUGGAAAAUGUUUGUAAAAUGGCAAGCUUGACUGCCCACAUGAGUGCUUUUGCACAUUUGUUCUCAAGCGAGAAAGAUCGCCGAUGAGACCUCUUGAAUGAAGGAGUGAGCAGUAGAUGUGCUUUACUAAUUGCUCUCAUUAGCCGUCGUUGCGAUUCCCCUGACGCGAUGUGAACGCCCCCCGCCCCCUGCUUAACAUUAACAGGCUCUCAGAUUAAUGAGCUAAUUGACUUUAAUUGGGAAGGCAUGGAGAUGGCAGGACAGGACGUAAACAGCAGUGAACUCGGACAAAGCAACAGGCAAGAGGAGGCUGUGAUUAAGGUUCUGGUGCCCAUUCUGGAUGGUCUAAUCCUGGUGACUGGCCUGGUAGGACAAAUCCUGGUCAUCAGCACCCUAACGGGGCGGAGGCGGAAAGACCGCCACCCGCCACACGGUACCGACACCCUGCUGCUGGCCCUGAGCGCGGCUGACUUGCUCCUGUUGCUUUGCCUGCCCUUCCACACGUCGGCCAUCACGUUGGGAUUCUGGCCUUUUGGGAGCUUCCUGUGCAAAGGGGUCAGCUUCCUGGGCGUGGCCUGUUCUUCGGCUUCCGUCUUUAUUUUGGCUGCAUUGGCUGUGACUCGCUACCUCACAGUGGUGCACCCCACCUGGGCGUACCGCUCCAGGAUGCACCGGCGGCUCAAGGUGACGGUGGCACUUCUGUGGCUUCCCGCCUCGGCCUUGGCAGCGCCUCAGUUUGCCUUCCGCACAGUGACGACAUCCAGGGCGGUGUACUGCUUUGCCUUUCUGUCCGACUUCAGCCAGCUCGUCUACAGCAUCAGUCUCUUCGUCUUUGCUUUCGCCUUACCACUGGGAAUCAUCGUGCUGAUGUACACAAAGAUCUACUGUUUUCUUCGACACGCGCGAUUGUUUGGAAAUGCCCCUCGGCUGGAGCGCUACCAGAGCCAGGUCACUCACACGUCAGCUCUCUUGGUCCUGGUCUUCACUCUCCUCUGGCUACCCUCCUACGCGCUCAUGUUCUCCUUCAUCGGGGGAAGCAUUCAGGGCUCAAAGGGUUACAAUACAAUUGCCAUUUUGGCCAGAUUGCUGGCAUCGUCAGUGGCGGUGGUUAACCCCCUGCUGUAUGGAUUCAUGUCUCAGAAGUUCCGAAGAGAGUUGUUAAUGCUGGGGAGAGAGCGAUGGACCGUUUGCAAAAACUCCCUGAAUGGUUGUCCUCACAUGAUGAUGGGCGGGGACAUGGUGCGGACCUUUGAGUUUGACACAAGCUCUGAAACCUAAAACGGACGCAAAUGUUUUUCGUCUCUGAGUUGUGAAAAUGGUCCAUGCAAAUGAAAGCCAGCAUAUUUGUGAAGUCACAAAUGGAUGGAUCGAGGAGGGUGAGGGUCAAUCUGUGUUCAAAUGCUAGUCCAGGGAGGCUAUUGUGACAAUUUACAAAGAUAUUCCAAGCGGCAACUCCAAAAUCUCACAAGUCCAUGGGUGUAAGAAUUGUGAAGCCGCUCUCAGAUAAGGGAUCCGAUUUUAACAUGCAACUUCAACGGUUAAAAUGUUUUGGAUGGAAAUCCCGUUUGAUUUCAGUAAAUAAUGCUGCAACUUCAACAAAUCGUAAUUUCAUUACAACCUGUAAUAUGGUUUAAAACAGGGUGUCAUAUUU